AUGUCAAAUUAAGACAUCAAUGAACUUCCGCCACUUAAAGUCAACGUACCUUCUUUCUUGUUGAAAACAUAUGAAAUUCUUGAAGUAUACCAUUUUAAGCUAUUAUUUUUUACUCAGAAUCCCUCUCUCUCACAUAUCAUCACUUGGAAUCAAGAAGGCAACGCAUUUAUUGUCUUAAAUUCUAAUGAAUUAGCUUCGAAGGUUCUUGCAAACUAUUUCAAGCAUAAAAACUAUCCCAGCUUUCUUAGGUUAUCUUCUUUUCUAUAAUAGAUAACUUAAUAUGUACAGCUUUAAAAAAACUAAAAAUCAUUAUGGAUAAAGUGAGUUUAAGCAUAAAUGGUUUAGGAAAGGACUAAAGUAAAAUAAUUCUAUAAUAUUCCUAGAAGUAUGCUUUAAUACAUUCGUAGGAGAAAUCAAGAAGAUUCUGAAAAUAAAAUAGAGAUUAAAAACACUAAUAAUCAAGAAAUUGAUAAUUAUAAGCAAGAGCAUGAUGAAAUGAAAAAAGUCGUCAAAGAAAUUUAAACGACAUAGCUUUAAAUGCAAGUUGAUUUCUAAGCUUCCAUGGAAUAAAAUGCUUCUGCCAAUCGUUCUAGUCUCACUAUUAUGUAGGUUUAAAUUCAUUUUUUUAUUUUAGUGUCUAAAUCAAAUUUAGUAGUAGUUCAAUAAAAAAUUUGAUAAUCUUUCUUAUCUUUUAUUUAAGAUUGUCUCAUCUAUCCCUAAUUUUUGUAUAAUUCUCUAAUAUUUAUUAAGCCAAUUCAAUAGGAGAUAUUUAUAAAUACUCCUAUGAAGAACCUUCUCCAAGUAGAUUAGAAUAGAAUUAUCUUGUUCCUUAUAAUGACAAUAAUAACUAAUACAGCAAUUUAGGAUCACCUUAUCAUUACAACUCUUCCAACAGUCCAAUUCAUUUUCUUUUGUCCAGAUAAAAUUAAUGUUAUGUUUAUCAAUAAUUUCUAGAAUUUUAAGAUUAUUGCUUUCAAUUUGAUCCAAACCUAUUUUCAUUUAAUAGAUCAAACUAAUAACAAUAGCUUGCCUUACCUGCUCCUGCUAUUAAUUCAUAUUUACGUAUUUAUUUAUAUUUAAAUAAUUUAAGCUAGCCAUAAUUAUUCUUAAUAAUCAAGUUCAUAAAAUUCACCUUAUAGAAUUUCAAGUCCCAUUCAUACUUCAUUCACUGAUUCUAAAAAUCCAGAUAAAGUAUAAUUUUUAUUUAUCAAAAAACACUAGUUUAAUUUUUACUAAUAAGCAUGA